AUGCCACCCCCGCCACCACGUCGGCCGGACUCCAAGACUGGUUCUGGCGCAGGAGCCGCCUCGAAAGAAGAGAACAUCUACAUUCCCUCCUUCAUCAGUAAAAGGCCCUUCUAUGCCGGCGAAGAAGGCGACGAACAAAACGACUACCUCGAGCAUCAGCGUCUGCAGAAGAAGAAUGAACAAUCACAGUGGUAUGAUCGCGGUAGGAAGGCUGGCCCGGCCGCCACCAAAUACCGAAAGGGUGCUUGCGAAAACUGUGGCGCCAUGACGCAUAAGGCAAAAGACUGCCUUAGUCGACCAAGAGCCAAGGGCGCGAAGUGGACGGGGCGCGACAUCCAGGCGGACGAAGUGAUUCAAGAUGUCAAGCUUGGCUGGGAUGCGAAGCGCGACCGGUGGAACGGAUAUGACUCCAAGGAAUACCGCAGUGUCGUGGAAGACUUCAACCAGAUGGAAGAACUGCGCAAGAAGGCGUUGCCAGCCAGAGAUGAUGAAGAGGACGAGGGCGCGAACGACGGCGACAAGUAUGCCGAGGAAAACGAUAUGAGCAAGCACCAGAGCACCGCGACACGGCAGCUCAGGUUGCGUGAAGAUACCGCCAAAUACCUCCUGAAUCUCGAUUUGGAUUCCGCCAAGUAUGACCCGAAGACGAGAGCGCUCAUUGAUGGCGGCGCCACGAAUGACAAGGCGGCCGACAUGUUUGCCGAAGAGGGCUUCAUGCGCGCAUCAGGCGAUGCAGGCGAAUUCGAAAAGGCCCAGAACUACGCGUGGGAGGCGCAAGAGAAGACAGGCGAUACGAGCCAGCACCUUCAGGCAAAUCCUACCGCCGGUCAGUUCUACCGGAAGAAGCAGCUCGAAGAGGCUGAAAAGAAACGUAUCGAGAAGGAGAAAAAGCUCCUCGAAAUGUACGGCGACGACUCGCAGUACAAGAUGCCGGAUCAAGUCAAGAACAUGGUCACCGAAUCAGAGCGAUAUGUCGAAUACGACGAAAGCGGUCUUAUCAAGGGUGCACCGAAGGCCGUUGCCAAGUCAAAAUACCCUGAAGACGUCUUGAUGCAUAAUCACACGUCUGUUUGGGGUAGUUGGUGGUCAGACUUCCAAUGGGGAUACGCAUGUUGUCAUUCGUUUGUCAAGAACAGCUACUGCACAGGGGAAGAGGGGAAGGCAGCUCUGGAUGCCUCUGAGCGGCAGAGAACCGGCCAGGCCUUGCUUGAAGCUGCAUCAUCCACGAAACCGGCCGAAAACCCGCUCGAGACGAAGCCCCAGAGCGAGGGUGCAGCAAAAAAGAGAACGGCAGAGGAGAUGAUGGGAGGGGUUUCUGAGGCUGAAAUGGAGGAAUACAGAAAAAAGCGCACAGCCGCAAACGAUCCCAUGGCAAAGUUCUUGGGCAAAGACGAACUUGUGCGAUGA